GGCAUGGCCAGCUCGGCCGUGCAGCUCCUGGGCUUCCUGCUCAGCUUCCUGGGCCUGGUGGGCACGCUCAUUACCACCAUCCUGCCACACUGGCGGAGGACGGCGCACGUGGGCACCAACAUCCUGACGGCCGUGUCCUACCUGAAAGGGCUGUGGAUGGAGUGUGUGUGGCACAGUACGGGCAUCUACCAGUGCCAGAUCUACCGCUCGCUGCUGGCGCUGCCUCGAGACCUGCAGGCGGCCCGGGCCCUCAUGGUCAUCUCGUGCCUGCUGUCCGGCCUGGCCUGCGCCUGCGCCGUGGUGGGCAUGAAGUGCACACGCUGUGCCAAGGGCUCGCCGGCCAAGGCUGCGUUCGCCGCGCUGGGGGGCGGCCUCUUCCUGCUGGCCGGCCUGCUCUGCAUGGUGGCCGUGGCCUGGACCACCCAUGACGUGGUGCAGAAUUUCUACAACCCCCUGCUGCCCAGCGGCAUGAAGUUCGAGAUCGGCCAGGCCCUCUACCUGGGUUUCAUCGCCUCGUCCCUCUCGCUCAUCGGGGGCACCCUGCUCUGUCUGGCCUGCCAGGAAGACGCCCCCUACAGGCCGUACCGAGGCCCGCCCAGGCCCGCCACCACCGCGGCGCCCGCCUACCACCCCCCGGCCGCCUACAAGGACAACCGCGCCCCCUCCGUGGCCUCGGCGUCCCACAGCGGGUACAGGCUGAACGACUACGUGUGAGUGACC